AUGGUGGCAUCUGUUCACCUGAAGCACAUUCUCAAUCAAAGACAUAUUGAGCUCAACGAUGUAAGUCAUCUUGUUGCGACACCAAGGCUGGUUCAAAGUCUGAACAACCACGUCAUUGGCGCUGAUACUAAGCGAGGUGAGCUAGGCAUGGAGAACAAGAAGCUGGAAUGUCAGCUCGGAGAAGCCAAAGUCUGCCUUGUCCAUGAUCAUGAAGCUGAAGGGCGCCGGAAAGCGGAGCUGGAGAAGGUCAGAGCUGACCUUGCAGAACGCAAGCAGUGUGUUGAUUGCUGGCAGCGUACUGCAGUAGCUCAGCUCGACAAGUAUGCUCCAGGCGUCAUCGGGCAGGCGAGGGAGGUCACGUUAACAACACUCCAAGCGAAGGUCGAGAACGCCGAGGCUGGAAUGACAGAAUUGGUCAAUCAUAAUAAUAGCUUGGACACGCAUCUCGGCGAACUGGAAUUUGAGCUUGGGGUUAAUGAAAGACGUCUUACGUGGGAUGAAUCCUUGAAAAUUGGUUUCUAUAAACAUCAUUGCAGCACAGUGGAGGAAAUCGAAGAGAACAAAUCUAAAACAGCCAUGAUUAAAGUGUUCGAGGCUCGCUUCUCAAAAGAACUCGCGAAGAAUCCGAUUUGA